AUGGAUGAGCUCUAUGUGUUUCUCCUUGACUGCGGUGUGUCUUGUAAGGAAUAUGUGUUGAGUCGUAUGCAUGAUUUCCGAGAACUGCUUGGCGUUUGGCAUCAAAUUGCCUUGAGGAUGUUUAAAAGUACGUUUUUGGCUUCCGCUGCCAUAUUUAUUGUGGUCCUUGUUGUGUUUUUUACACUCAUCGGAUGUGUUGCCUUUUCACUUGUCGGCUCAGUGACUAUACGGCACUAUAUCCUGUCGCACGCCCCUGGAAAUCAGCUAAUGUCACUUACAUUCAAUACAAUGCCGUUUGAGACGGAAUUAUGGCGAUUGCGCAAGGUGGAUGCCAUCGUGUCACAUCUCACAUCCCAACCGGAGUCAUUGCUCCAACGCAGCGACGACUCUCUCGUUGUAUCCACGAAGGAAACGACCGACAAACAACUGACAUCUUCCGUUGCGGGGCAGGCUGCCUCUCUUAAAAUGUCACUCAUAGAGCAGUACGUUAAAAACACACUGGCGACAAGCACGUUGAUUAUUCCUUCAUUGGCUCAGAAAGAAGUGUUUCCUCCUGGUGGUGGCGUUUCCAUUGAGGCACUCUUUGAGCAAAAGAAGCCUAUGUUCAAUGCCAAGGGCGUAUAUGACGCCAAGAUGCAAUUUGUUUUCAUGAAGGAAGAUGCGGGCCGCGACGUUUCAAUGGUGUUGGAGUCCGCUGUUCUGUUUGCCGAGGAUCCCGAUGUUCCCCAAAGCCUGGCUGCGUUGGAUGUCCUUUUAAAGACGACUACCUCCUUCACCGUUACAACCGGUGAGAAGGAAAGUCAUGUACUCAUACGGCUGAUAAAAAUGUCCCUUCGUUUUGUCUUUUUUGUGCCGUUGUGGAUGUAUGAGACGUUUUUCUUUUCGCUGCGUUACGAUGUCUUCCCUGGUGUUGAUCCAUUAACGGAGGUGGCGGUUGUAUCGGACGUUUACACGGACUUUGAGCCGCCUCUCGCCCUACAACCUCGGCUUCGCGCCAUCAACUUUACAUUGUACCAGCAAGGAGGGCAUGUUAUGAAUCGGGCGCGGCUUAUUAGAAUGCACUUCUUUACUACUGUUCAUCUCACGGGUCUUGCGUACUACUUUUCGACGUACAAAUUGAUUAGUUUUAUGUGCACGACUUUGGUGCUAUUCACAUGCUUCUGUGCUAUUGCAAUGGGACUUGUUUUUGUUGCAGGAGCCGUGAUUGCCUCACACUAUUUGCGUGGUGGUAGUUCCGCCGCUCAAGAUGGUGAGCCUCCGUUUGAAGAUGAAGAGGGUGAGGAGGAAGAAGGAGAUUUGAUUGAGAGGAAGCAUCUUUUAUCUUUGCAUCACUCCGCGACGACGUUGUUACAUGAUGAGGAUUUAGCCUCUAAUUUGACGGGGAGUAGGCAGGAGUCAUUGUUUCAUUUAUAUGAGGCGAAUUUGCCUCUUGCAAAAGAAAAGAAAUCCAAGUAA